AUGACUCCUAAGCUUCCAUCUGCGCGCAAACGCGGUAGGCCGUCACUGAACCGCGCCUCUUGGCCCUAUGAGGCGUAUCCUCCCGGGCGGAAUGAAUUCAAUUCAAUGAACCGCGCCUCAUCAUCACCAGAUUAUCCAACCCAGCGAUCGUUACACGCAGCGCAGCGCAUUCAUCAAGCAUGUGGCAUGUGGCCAACUGAGUUCUGCAAAGGUUUUGUACCUGAGACUUGGGGUGUUCGACUUAUCGAGAGCCUUUCUACGUUGGUGUCUCUGGUAGUGGCUGCUGAGAACGUGGAGCUCGACCAGGUGCGCCAUAGAUUGAAGGUUUUCGCCACUAGCCAUCCGCGCUCAGAUCGCCCGCGACUUCGUGAGCUAGAUAUAGCAAAGGUGCGAAAGUGGCUACGUGGGAUGGGUAUUGAUACUAAACAAACACGGCGAUGGAAUGGACGUGCGGAUGAUGAGGAUCGGACUGCGGAGAGUGACAGAACCAAGGCAAACUCUGAACCGGUUGAUGAGAUUAUCGCUCUAGGCUUUCGAGAAGAUCUCAGCAAAUGCGGAGACAAAAAUGAAGAAGAGACUGAAGAAGAUCCCGACUUGACUGUCGAAGACGAAGAGAGCGCCCCUCAUAAACGAAAUCUUUGGUCGCGAAGCAGAGACAUCGGUGAUAUUCAGGAUGAUGAGCCUAUGGAGGACACCAUAGCGGCCAAUCCUAGGUCUGGGCCUGCUAUAAUCAAUGGACAAUCCAGGGGCAGUCCUGUCGCCUCCAGCUCCGGCUCCAGCUCCGGCUCCAGCUCCGGCUCCAACGCAGCCGAGUCAAGCGCUUGCCCUCGGCGCGACUUUCAACCACCAUCUCGCUUGGCUCAUGAUACCUCCCAGAGCUCUAUUCGCCGUCCAGAGGGACCAGAUGAACAAGCGUCCGCGCCUUCUGCUGCUACAACUCCACGGGCUUUUCAAAGCUCGACGCAGCCACGCGAACCACCAAGCUCCCAAACGACGGCGCCUCUCACCUCUGCUUCUCAGAACGCCCAGGGUGCUCAACGAUCUGGUGUGCAACCGCUCAAGCAAACAGCGUCAUCUGUUCCGGGCCAUCCUCAGACUCCCGUGUCUUUUCCUGCGACAACUCCACAGGGCACUACGCGUCCUCCGCAACAACAAGGCAGCCAGGGAUCAGCAACCGCGGCUCAGAACUCUGUACAGCUUCGCGCACAAUCAUCAGCAUCUCUACCCACCCCCCAGAGCGCGCGACAGCCUGACCAACAAUCAAGUAGCCAGCCAUCCAUGUCCGGAACGAGUUCUCAAAGCCCCUCGACUCCUCGCGCACAAGCAAGCUCGCAGCCAGCACUGUCUCGUUGUACCGGCACUACUUCUCAGGCCUCCCAGAGCUUUCAGCAGCAACCGAACCACCGACCAUCGGCGUCUAUCAAUGCGACUCCUCAGGCAUCUCUACACUCCCACCUAGGAGGCAGUCAACCAUCGACACCUCGUCCCAUCGCCCCUGCUAGGGCUAACAAGCGCCCUGCUCCGUCAUCGCCAGUAAACACAUUUACAUCCACCAACAACUUCAUCAACCGAACAGCGGCGAGCAUUUCAGAAUCACUCGCAGCCCCUUUAACCAAAAGGCAAAAGACUGCUGACAUUCAAUGUCCAAGUUCACAGGUGACUGGAUCAUUGGAUUGGAACGCUCUUCUUCCCACCGGAGACGAAUUCAGAGCAAGCUUGAAGGCUGCUUCGGCUGCCUUAUUUCCUCAUAUCAAGAGCUUCGAAGAACUUUUAACAUCCAUCAAUGACGAACACUGCCGACUCACCGCAUUUGAGCGCAGCCUCAGACCUACAAAGAACGAGCAAGCAAAGGAACAGGAAAAAGCCCAAGACGCGCUCAAGGAUGUCGAGAAAUCAAUGGCCACCGAGAACAAGUUGCUCAGGGACCUGGAAGAUCUCUACAACAAAUAUCCUGGAGAUAACGAACUUCGCACGUUCCUGGAUAAACGAAGACGAACGGUUCGCGAACAUGAAGAGGUAUAUACCGCAGUCAAAAUCCAACUUGACAAGAGUGCUUCUGGGCUUUUCAAAACCGAUAGCAAGAUUGCGUUGGCUACCAAGAGGAUUGGGCAGCUUGAAGCCGAGAAGGCCGAGGUCAUGAAAGAGAAGAUGGGGAUUGAUACGGCGGCGAAACGAUUGAUGCUUAUGUCUCGUUUUAUGGAACCCGGCUGGCAAGCUAGACUGGCAAUGGUUGAGGAGGCUUUGGGAGAAGAAGUUAUGCAGUUUGCAUUUUCAUAG